UAGUUUACCAAACAUAGCCAAAAUAUACAUUGCCUGUACACUUUGGUCGUAUAGAUAGUGUAUAUGCAUGUAUAGUAUACAUAUAUACUUUAUACAUGCCUAUACCCUUUGUCCAUAUAUUGCAAAUUAGAUGGCUGAAUGGUGGUAUUUGAUUAUAGAAGAAAAGUCUUACUAGAAAGGUCGGACCACGAAAAACCCGAAAAUAUAUUUUCAUACUUUGAUUCAAAACCCGCGUGCUUACAAAUUCAAAAAUUUGCCUUUCCCGGCAAAGGCAUUACGCUUCCAUGGAAGAAGAGGAGGAUGCGAAUCAACGGCAUAACAAAGUGCACGUGCGUUUACCGAUCCGAGGCAUGGAAUCAGUAAUAGCUACAGUGAGUGGAUACCAUGGUACGGAGCGGUUUAAUCUCAUCAAAUUGAUAGAUAAGAGCGGUGCAAGUUAUGUCGGCUCAAUGAACCAAUCGAUUACUCAUUUGGUGUGUUGGAGAUUUGAAGGGAAGAAAUAUGAGCUUGCCAAAAAGUUCAGAAUAUCAAUAAUCAACCAUAAGUGGGUUGAAAAUUGUAUUAGCGAAGGAAGACGUCUUCCGGAGGCUCCCUACACAUUUCAAUGCGGCCAAGAGGUGGGGCCGUUAAUGUUGGAUAAUACACUUUUUAGAGAAACUAUACAAUCGAAUCACUCCAAAGAACCAGCUAUUCAUAUUGAAUCUGAAGAGGAUUUCAACUCUUGGUCGGAUUCAACUUUGUUAAAAGAGAAUUUGUUUCCUGAGAUGGGUAAACACAAGGAUAGACCAAGGAGGAAAUCAAAUGCCAAUAUUACGAACAAGGAUCACCCCUCCAGCAGCAAAUAUUGUUCUGAUGAGCACUCGUUACAAGGCUCACAUAGGACAGAGAUUGAAGAACUGAAUUUUCCCUCUUCAGCAUCGCUUAAACCCAAGAAGAGAAGUUCUGAAUUUUCAGAAACUUCUCGCAGAAGUCGUAGAUUGGUGAAGAAGAACAAUUAUGGCGAUCCUGUGGAGAUUAUUCCGUGUUCAGAUAAACAGAAAUCCCGAAUACCAGCUCGUCAGGAACCUGAAUCUUCAGCUCAAUUUUACAACUUGGAUGUUGAAAUGCCUGAAAUCUCUGUGAACAACAGUCAUGGAUCUUGUUUUAGCUGCUAUGAGUCGGAGCCAAGUAGAAUAGACCUAGAUGGUAUUGAGGAAACUGAAGUUAACAGACUUCUUAGUUUACAUGUCGAAGGUGCCUCGUCUAACCUCACUGGAAAUCAACAAGAGCCAUGCCCAGCUGUUGAUGGGGUCCAAAAUGAGAGUGAUAAUAUGUGCAAAUUGUCUACAUCAACCGCAUUAUCCUGUGUCAUAUGUUGGACAGAUUUUAGUUCAUCCAGGGGGGCGCUUCCCUGUGGUCAUCGUUUUUGUUUCUCAUGCAUCCAGACGUGGGCCAAUCAUAUGGCAUCAAGCAGAAAAGUUUCAACAUGCCCUCUGUGCAAGGCUAGUUUUGUUGCCAUUAGAAAGGUUGAUGAUGCAAUUCCUGCUGAUCAGAAGAUAUACACCCAAACUAUUCCGGACCACAAUCCAGAAAUGGACAUAUAUAUACUUCCCGUGGGUGAAACACCAAGAUUCCCUUCUAAUUCAUCAAGAACUCCGGUCUGUUGUCAAUGCUCUUGUCGAGAACCAGAGGACCUACUAGUCAAAUGUCAUCUCUGCGAGACUCUCUGUAUUCAUUCCUAUUGUCUGGAUCCUCCAUUGUUUCCAUGGACAUGUAUGCACUGCAAGGAUCUACAGAGGCUUUACCGUCGUAGCUGGUAAUUUGCAUACCUGGAGGUAUUCAUAAGCUGAUCUUGAAACUAGAAGAUACCAUAGGAAAAAAGAAAAGGGAAAACAAGGUGUCAACCUCCCACCUCUUUGAAGUAUAAGGAUAGGUUGACUCAGGAGGUGUGAGACAUGCUUGAUUCACUUGUAACAGUACGAACGAUGGAAAUCAUUCGAUGGACAAAGCUCCUCAGCUAAGGCAUCAUUUUUAUUGAGUAUUUACAACAUUUUUCCUUCCCGAAGUCUAAUACUAAAAACUUAAAUCGUUGGCUCAUGAUAUUUAGCUCUUGUUUUUCUGCACAAUGACCAGACCUUGUUAUUAUUCUGAAGCUAAUUUCAUAAACUAAUGCAGAACACUAAAUUGGUCCC